AUGUACAUUAAGGCACACCAGAAGGUGAGCUUGAUGCAGGAAGAAGAAAAUAAGCUGGUGGACAGAGAGGCAAAAGAAGCAGCAAAAGAAGAGGUAAUUAUAGAAGGAGUUUUAAUUUCUGAUGGGAACAUUCCUUUAGAAGGCAGUCAUGAUCUCACUGUGCCUGUGACCCUGGAUGGCACGGCCAUCACUGUCCCCAACCACAUCUGUCACUGGUGCUUCACCAUGCGGUUUUCCUUCCCUUUCCAGAGCGCUGCUGAGCCAGUGGAUGAGCAGGUGGCAGAUGCUGCAGCCAAGACCCCAGCACAGAUGGAUCCUCUUGAUAAAACAGUGGAUGUGGAGCAGGACCUGGUGGACUGGCAGAAGCCCUUGCUGUGGCAGGUGGGCUACCUAGGGGAGAAGUAUGAAGAGUGGGUGCACUUGCACCAGCCCAUCGAUCAUCCCAUCCACCUCUUCUACUUGGAUUUCCUUGAGUCCCUUUCCAAGACAGCAUGGUAUGUGGUGUUCAUGGUGUGGGCUCCCAUGGUGCUCUAUCUCAAUUGGGUCAGCUUUACCUCCCUUGCCCAGGGCAACACCAGUCUCUUCUCAUCCUUCACCACAGAGUACUCUGUCCCCAUCCACAAAUACUACUUCCCCUUCAUCUUCCUCCUGGGGAUGUUCCUGUGGUCCCUCCUAGAACACCUCAUCCAUCGCUUUGUCUUCCACAUGAAGCCACCUGCUAGUGAUGCUAACUACUAUCUCAUCACCCUGCAUUUCUUGCUGCCUGGGCAGCAUCACAAGUCUCCCUUCAACAGCUCCCACCUGGUGUUCCCUCCUGUGCCAGCCUUGCUAGUGAUUGGCUUCUUCUAUGGCAUCCUGCAGCUCCUGCUGCCUGAGGAGCUGGGGCUCUCAGUGUUUGCUGGGGGGCUCUGUGGCUACAUCAUCUACGACAUGAUGCACUAUUACCUCCACUACGGAUCCCCAAAGAAGGGCAUCUACCUGUACGGCCUGAAGGCUUAUCAUGUCAAGCACCACUUUGAACACCAAAAAUCAGGCUUUGGCAUCACCACUCACUUUUGGGAUCAUCCCUUCAGGAUGCUCAUCCUUGAGGAGACCUUUGAGGAGGACUGA